GACAACGCUCUGAAGCAAAAACGCAGAUGUCCGUUUUUCCCCUCCACAAUUUAUCUGCGUUUAUCUGCGUUCUCACGAGCGUUUUGGGGGUGGAUAUCUGUCUAUCCAUGGGAACAGGGAAAACGUAUAAAACUCAUAAUACUCGCAGUUUGCCGAUGAAGUAAGCACGCCCCGGACGUAGGUGGCAGUAGCAACAAUACCAAAUGCCUGUUUUGUGGCUACUUCCUCCGCGUCAGUUAGAAGAAAAUGGCGAAGCGCGGCGGCAAUAACAGUACGCCUAGUUCAAACUUUGUUUGGACAGAUGAGGAGGUCCAGUUGCUGCUAAACACAACUUUAAACUACAAAGCCAGGAAGGCAGUGGAUAAUGUUGAUUGGGAGAGUGUCCAAAACAAAUAUACUGAAAUAUGGGAGUCGUUCAUGGAGAACUACCCACUAAACGACCCAAAGUACCCUCAUGCUAAGGACCAGGUUAGCAAAGGUCAUGUUGCAACCAAAAUUAAAGCCGUGCGCAUAAAAUAUAGGCAUGCUGUGGACACCCAGAGCCGUAGUGGGCACGGGAGGGUGGUGUCUUUGUUUUUCGAGCUAUGUGAUGAAAUUUGGGGUACCACCCCUGCCUCCACAACAGUAGAGCAUGGCCUCGAAACGGCAGACGUAAAUGAUGGGGCAGCAGAGCUGGGCGGUGUAGAACUAGCAGAAGCAGAAGAAUCGGUGCAGGAGGACAGCUCAUCUUCGGAGCCGGGCGGAGAAACUCUUUCGAGGAGGAGACACUUACUUCAGGCCAAACUCAACAGCUACAAGACAAGCAGGCUUCAGAAGAAAGUGCGGAGCGAUGAACACCAUGAAGCCCUCCAAAUUAAAAAGAGGAUUGCCGACAUCAUGGAGAAUUCGGAAAGGGAACACAGUUCCAGAAUGGAUGCAUUAGUGACUGCCCAAACCAGGAUGAGCCAGUCUUUUGAAACUCUUGUGAGACAUUUCACCUCACCCUCAUACAGACCAAACAUGGCUUUCUCACACAACGCGCCCACAUACCUACAGCCCAUGGCCUCCUCAAGCUACUUACCACCUGCCAUGCCCUCCUCCCACCAAUACAUACCACAAGAACCACACAUGCCCUCCUAUAACCCAUACAUGCCACCACCAGAACCAGCUAGAGCCUCAUGCCAGUCAGACACGGCACCACCAGCACCAUGUACACAGACACGAUACAUGGCCACCUCGCACACCUCACCUCACUCGCACACCUCACCUCACUCGCACACCUCACCUCACUCGCACACCUCACCUCACUCGCACACCUCACCUCACUCGCACACCUCACCUCACUCGCACACCUCACCUCACUCGCACACCUCACCUCACUCGCACACCUCACCCAUGGCCUCCUUAAGCACAUAUGUGCCCCCCUCCCACCCAUUCAUGACACCAGAAUCACCCAUGCCCUCCUCUCACCAAUACUUACCACAACCACCCAGGGCCGCCUCCUACACAGACCAGCUGCUUUCAGAAAGCACUGAUGAAGAAGACCAGGUUGAUCUUCUUUCAUUGUAAGUAGCCUAGCCGUGCUUACAUACUGUCAAAUGACUUGUUCAACGUUGUUGCCGUUGAUGCUACCUCAUGUGGCUAUGCAGGCCGAUU